CUAACUAUUUUGACAGCGCUUCCGUUAUGGGAUACAAACAGAAGGUUAGCUCAGACCGCCGCGGGUAAUCUACCAGCAGCGAAAGGGAUUCUGUGCUUUACCGUGGAUCGGUGUCGUCUGUCUUAUGAGAAGAGGACACUGCCUGUCUUAGGACUGUGAUCGAGCACCAUGGCCGCGGCGCCUCCACUCAGACGGACGGACUCAGCUCGGGGCGAGUUUUCCCCCCUGAAGCACUUUGUUGUUGCCAAGAAGAAGAUCAGCGACGUGUUUCAACAACUCCUGACUUAUGUGAACGAGACUUCAGAUUUUGUAGAAGAAACCUGUGGGACUAAGGCUUUGGAGAACAUUGCCAGCCUGGACCAAAAGUGGGAGAUUCAGGCGUACGCUGACAAACUGGCUAUCAUCAAGGAGGUGUUGGCCCGCAGGCACAUGAAAGUGGCCUUCUUCGGCAGGACCAGUAAUGGUAAAAGCACAGUGGUCAACGCCAUGCUGAGGGACCGCGUGCUGCCCAGCGGCAUUGGCCACACCACCAACUGCUUCCUGAGUGUGGAGGGCACCGAUGAUGACAAGGCUUACCUCAAGACUGAGGGCUCUGAGGAGGAGAAGAGCAUCAAGACUGUAAACCAGCUGGCUCAUGCGCUCCACAUGGACGAAAGUCUGGACGCCGGCUGUCUUGUGCGCGUCUUCUGGCCCAAAACCAAGUGCGCUCUGCUCCGAGAUGACCUGGUGCUUGUGGACAGCCCUGGGACAGAUGUCACGUCACAACUGGACAGCUGGAUUGACAAGUUCUGCCUGGAUGCUGACGUCUUUGUGCUGGUGGCCAACUCCGAAUCCACUCUCAUGAACACGGAAAAGCACUUUUUUCAUAAAGUGAACGAGCGUCUGUCGAAGCCGAACAUCUUCAUCCUAAACAACCGCUGGGAUGCCUCAGCCAACGAACCAGAGUACAUGGAGGACGUGCGGAAGCAGCACACAGACCGUUGUGUCGACUUCCUGGUAGAGGAGCUGAAGGUUGUGGACCGUGAGCAGGCACCCAACCGUAUCUUCUUUGUCUCCGCCAAAGAGGUGCUCAACUCUCGCAUGCAACGUGCACAGGGCAUGCCCGAAUCAGGUGGCGCUCUGGCUGAGGGCUUUCAGGAGAGACUGAAGGAGUUUCAGAACUUUGAGAGGAGGUUUGAGGAGUGUAUCUCGCAGUCAGCAGUGAAAACAAAGUUUGAGCAGCACACUAUCAGGGCCAAGCAGAUCACAGAGCAAGUCAAGAGCAUCAUGGACGCCAUCAACAUCGAGGCAGCUGAGAAAAGAGUGGCGGCACUGGAGGACAGAGAGUAUCAGAUGGACCGGCUGGAGUUCGUCAGGAAUCAGCUCAGCCUGUUGAUUGUCGACAUCAAGACAAAGAUUAAAGCCAUAAGUGAGGAAGUGGAGUCCAAGGUGUCCAGCGCAAUGGGGGAGGAGAUCUGCCGUCUCCACGUAAUUGUCGACGAGUUUCACACUGACUUCCACCCCUCGCAUCACAUCAUCAAGAUCUACAAGUCCGAGCUGCUUGCUCAUGUGGAGGAGGGGAUGGGGAAGAACCUGGCCUUCCGCUGCUCCAACGCCGUCAACGCCUCUGUCCAGUCUUCUCAGAAUUACAUGAUGGAGAGCAUGCUCCCUCUGCUCCCCUCCACGGCCCAGAGCCAGGUCCACAUGCUGGUACCCAGCAGGAAGUUCGACCUCAGCUACGACCUAAACUGCGCCACGCUCUGCAGUGACUUCCAGGAGAACAUAGAGUUUCAGUUCUCGUUGGGCUGGACGUCGGUGGUCCACCGCUUCCUGGGAUCUGUCAAUGCAGAGAGAGCCCUCAGACUGGUGGACCAGAACUUCCAGGCUUCUCGACCAGCGCUGCCCCUGGCCAGUACGCCGUCCUCAGGACCCCCCUCCACCAUCUCUCAACCCAACCAGGAGACAGCCCUCAUGACCCAGGAGGACCUGAUGGUAGCCAUGGCAACCAACGUUGCUUCCCUCACCUCCCGCACUUCAAUGAGCGUUAUCAUCGUCGGAGGAGUGGUGUGGAGAACAGUUGGCUGGAGGCUGAUCGCCCUGUCAGCCUCGAUGUACGGCUUGUUGUACCUGUACGAGAGACUCACCUGGACAACGAAGGCCAAGGAGCGCACUCUGAAGCGCCAGUUUGUGGACUACGCGACAGAGAAGCUGCAGCUCAUCGUCAGCUUCACUAGUAGCAACUGCAGCCACCAGGUCCAACAGGAGAUGUCUACGACCUUUGAUCGGCUCUGUCAGCAGGUGGAGCAGACGCAGAAAGAGCUGGAGGCCGAAAUCCGCCAGCUGACCGCCACGAUAGAUCAGCUGGAGACCGUCCAGAGCCGCUCCAAGAGCCUGCGACAUAAAGCCACCGACCUGGAGAGGCAGUUGGAGGAGUUUACCAACCAGUACCUGCAGCUUCAGCAGUGAAGACGCUCGUCUUCAUCGCUCCACACUCAGUUUCACGUCGAUCCUCAGUCAGGCGCCACCUCACUGCGACUGGUACUACUCGUCUGUCACCCACACUACACCACAGUUUCUGUGCGGUGCAUCAGUGCGGAAAAGAUUGGUCGAACAAUCGAUUAGUCCCUCAUCGGAAAAUAAAUUAUGCCAUGUGAUCAAUGAAAUUUUUGUCACUCGUCAUGGCAAAAGUACCAAACUUAUCAAGUUUUUCAAAAGUGAAUAUUUGGUCCUUUUUGAUUUCAGUUUUAUAAUUCAUAUAAAUUCAAAUCAAGGACUUUUUUUUUUUUUUUUAAGACUAAUCGAUUAAUCAAAAGAUUUAUACAUAAUGAAAACAAUCUGUAGUUUCACUCUUAGAGGACAGAGAAGAGUGAAGGUGCAGACACAACAGUGUUUUCCCUCCUGACCCAGUCAGGUGCUUGAAGAACAGCAGUGAACAAAUUGUAAAGAAAAAAAACCUGCCUGUAAUAAAAAACCUGGACUGGUGAUUCACGAUGACACUGCACGAAGAGGCGAUACUGUAGAAUCUCUGUUGACAUGCGACUUCAGCUCGGGUGCUACAUUUUGACACUAUCGUGCUUCGAACUUUGAAUAUGCCUUUUUUUUUGACUUUGGUGAAGCAAAUGAAGUUUGUGUCUCUGUAAGAUUGUACAUUGUAUCUGUUCAGACACGAUCCGCUGUAUUGUAGCAACAAAAAUAAAUAUAUUUAAUACAGCAAUGAGAACAGAUUUUUCUGACGUAGAGGGAAGUGGUUAAGUCAAUUCAAAGCAUGUCUUUAAAAUGCUGUUGGUUCACAGUCUAUUUUCUAACAACCUAAACUGUAUAGAUAGAAACUCAUAUUUUAUAAUAUCCUAUUUUAUUUAUAUCCUUUGGACUUGUAAUGAAUAUUAUUGUCUACAGUUUGUAAAAUUGUCCUCUUUUUUUUUUGAAUAUGUCAAACUAUUUACCAAACUGUAUUAAAUCUGCCAAAUUGUAAAACAGA